GUAGAAGAAAGCGAUGAAGUGCGAGUUCGAUUAUUAGAAUCUGUGACUAAUAGGCUUACAAAAAGAUGUUUAUAUCAAAACUGUUUAUGCUUCUUCCUUCUCUGGCAGCAUGGAUAAAAUUUCUUCAAGAGACUUAUGCGAGAAGAGUAAAUCCCUUGUAAGGCAAUUAAAUAAUGUGUCUGACAGUGCCCAAGAUAUGAUGGAUCAUAUCAAAACUACAGAUACCGAUAUUCGUUUGGUUGUGAUCGGCUUUUCAGGACUAUCAAGAAAUUGCAAAGAUAUAAAAUCCAUUGUCAGAUCCUAACCAAAUUUUAACAAAAAAUAUUAAUUGAUCUCUUACCAGUAAACAGCACAGUUAAAACUUUUAUUAGAGAAAAUCUACUAAAUGAUCAUAAAUUCAUGGAGGAUUUUCAAUGCAGAAAGGCUCCAGUACAAGGGCCUUAUGUUGUCAGUUUGAUCAACAA